AUGAGUGGUUUCAUUUCCUCAUUGCUGAUCCAAGCUGGAAUACUAUCCCCCUUACCACCCCAACCGAACAGUCAACCAAAUGACGACGAAGCUAAAUUCCACCUGAACAAACCGACAUACCCCUCGUGUGAUAGUGAAGGCCAUAAAUUGAGUCCUCUACUGGACCAAGACCACGGACAGAACUCGAAUUGCGGAGAUGCGGGUGCGGGGUCCCUGCAUAGCCCUCCUUUCUUCACAACCCUACCGAAAGAGAUGGAUGGCCGAAACUCGCAAUCGGAGGGCACUCGAUCAGUGACCCAUAACACACCCGGAUCCAUCCAAAACAUAGAUGCGACCGCAGGCGCCUCCAUUGAUCACACACAUGAAAUCGACGUCACCGUGCAGCCGGACAGUUCGGGGAAUUCACUAGUUUCACAUCCCAGCGAGGCGCUGAGCUCGUCCAAUGAGCCACAACAUGCUUCAACAAUAUCCACCAGCGAGCCUCGGCAAUCUCUCGACAAUGCCUUUGAUCCGGAGGGACUGGCACAGUCUUCUCUUCCGGCGGAUGAUGGGAUGGGAGUUCUAAGAAGCAAGAUCAUUGCAAUCAGGGAGUUGGAGCUCACCAAUGUUGAAAAGGCGCGCAUGGUUCACGGUUUGAUGACAGAAGGUUACCACUCAUCCCGUGAGCUCCGAAGCGCCCCUGGUCUAGGGGUAUUCUCAACUCCAUCAAGUCCGGCGAGCUUGGGGCUGCCAACAAGUCCGAGGACUCCGAGGGCCUCGGAGAUCAAUACUUCUAGGUCGGGCUCACCAUACUCCGAAUCAGACUCUCUUUACGAGACAACCUUCAAUCUCACAGCUGAAGAUCUGCAGCCCACCUUUGUACCCAAGGUAGAAACAGAAUCACCAGAACUCGAAACUGGGGACGAAGAGGGUGACACAGAAGAACAAGAAGAGACUAGUCUGGGGUGUGUGCAUUAUCACCGCAAUGUGAAACUUGAGUGCCACACUUGCAAAAAAUGGUAUACCUGCCGCUUCUGUCAUGAUGAAGUCGAAGAUCACUCUCUCGUUCGUCGAGAUACCGAAAACAUGCUUUGUAUGCUAUGUGGGUAUGCACAGCCUGCAGCGCAGAACUGCAGACGGUGUGGCGAGCAAACUGCGCAGUAUUAUUGCGAAAUUUGCAAACUCUGGGAUAACGACAGCAAAAAGAGCAUCUACCAUUGCAGCGACUGCGGUAUAUGUCGAAUUGGACAGGGACUAGGAAAAGAUUUCUUCCAUUGCCAGACAUGCUCUGUUUGUCUUCCUAUAUGUAUUGAGAACACCCAUCGCUGCAUUGAACGGUCCACCCAGUGUGACUGUCCCAUAUGUGGCGACUACAUGUUCACUUCUCCAGAAACCGUCGUCGUCAUGCGAUGUGGCCACAGUAUACACCACAAGUGUCUCUCAGAGUACUCCAAAAGUUCCUUCCGUUGUCCGCUUUGUAGCAAAACUAUCACCAACAUGGAAUCGACGUUCCGAAACCUGGAUCGUACCAUCGAUAGCCAGCCUAUGCCUGACGAGUUCAAGGAUACCAAAGGCCUUAUUUACUGCAACGAUUGCGGUUCGAAGUCGGUUGUCAAAUACCAUUGGCUCGGCUUAAGAUGUGAUUUAUGUGAGUCGUACAAUACGGCCCAAAUUCGCAUUUUGCACGGAGAUAUGUCCACUCAAGCCGAGGAAGACUUCGGGCAAGACCUGCUUCCUCGGCCUCGAUCGUCUUCAUACACUGAAAACGAUGACCCGAUCUCCUCUUCCCUGGCAGCACUAAACGUCAAUAAUACAUCAGUUCCUCGUUCACGGCUCAGUGCGCCUAUGUCUACUGAACCCGUUAGACGAUUUUCAUCCUACAACAUUACACGAGGCCGUGCUGUCUCGCCCGUCGUUAGCAACUACUUUGGACUGCCGACUGAGCGUGAAUCAGAGAAACCUUCAUCUAUUCCCUUCUUUGGGGGACCAUCUCGUGGCGAGAAUGAGGAUUACGGUGCAUUGAAUUUCUUGAGCAAGAAGCUUACAUACCGAUAUGGACUGUUUGGAGGUGAGACUAAAUCAACCGAAAGCGUAUUGGAAACUGAGAAUGAAGAAGACGACGCUGAGUCUUCUGACUCGGCUGAAUCAGAUGGUUCUCCUGGUAUUGGGGAUGACGACGAGGAGGAAGAGGAAGAUCAAGAUGAAGAUCACAUUCAGAUUUUCGGUCAUCAGUGA